AUGGAACAUGUUUUUAAGUAUCAACCUCAAACUGAUAACUAUCGGUAUGAAAAAGUGGUUAAAAUAGAAAAAGAAUAUGAUUAUUUAUCUAUUAUUAGACCUCAUGAAACACCACAGCAAUGGGCUAAUUGUGUAAGAGGUCCUUUACAAGAACUGCUUUCUAAGCGAGAAUAUAAUGUUUAUCAUGUAUUCUGCCUCUUCGCCUCAUUUGGAGAAGGAAUAACCAAGAAAUUGGUAAAGAUCACUGAAAUAAAACCGAAAAAAUUAUAUUUUGAUGGAUAUUGCAGAUGGGGCUAUGAAGUUGAGUCUAAAGAUUUGAUGAAAAAUCAUUGGAAUUACUCUUGCUUCGAAGCUAAAACUGAAGAGAUCCCUUUGGAACCAAAUAAAUCAUAUUCGUUAACUAGUUCCAAGAUAACCACUCCUUCAAUGCAAUGUAGUGUAAGUGUGCCCAGCUUAAUUAAUACCAAUAGACCCAGGGAGGGAAAUACAAAGAAAUUAUUUAUCUCGUCUCUGUUUGCAAAACAAAUUAAUUUACUACUAUCUCAUCUUAAUCUACCAAAAGAUACUGCAUUAAGAUACUGCAUUAAGAUACUGCAUUAA